UCGACAAGCGACCGCCGUGGACAAAACAACGCCAGCAAUCUCGUCGCAGCGCAGCGCACGGAUAUAUAGCUAUAGCUCUUACUACCAGAUACUAUACUAUAUACAUAUAUAAACCUACCUACACACUCUAUAUAUAUAUUUGAAAAUCAGAAGCGCGCGAGGGCGUCUCACAUAUUUAUAUUUAUACUGAUAUAGAUAUAGAUAUAGCCGCCGAUCGACCAGUGAACAUAAUAUAUGUAGAAAGCGGUGGUUAUUUUUUCGUCUUAUUUUAUUGUGACAAUCGCGACAAGUGUUUAAAAAUAGUUGCCCAGCUAAAACUCCCCCGCCAGCAGCCAGUAAACUAGGAACAGCAACAAUAUGGUCGAGACCGUGGUCAAUAUCGAGCGCACAACAACAACAACGACGACCGGACCGCCCGGUGGGGCAAAUCCGGCCGUCGGCAACGAAGGCGGCUUCGGCGGCAUCCGCGUCAACGUCGACUAUUUCCGCACCAUUCCGGGCAUUAUCAAAAUUGUCCAGUUUGUUCUGGGAAUCAUCUGCAUGGCACUGGCGGCUCCUCCCUUGACCUCGGCCACCUCGUUCUUCAUGUUCGUCAUCGUUGUGUCGUUCAUUAUCAACAUUCUGCUCAUCGCCGCUUACUUCCUGGGCAUUCGGGAGGCCCUCAACGUAUCCGUCAACUGGAUAUUUUUGGAGCUGAUCACCACCGCCGUGCUGACUCUGCUGUACUUCAUCGGAUUCAUCGUCCAACUGGCCAGGUGGUCGGACGCAACUGGCUACGCUUCCGGUUCGAACACCGCCGCCGGAGUCUUUGGCCUCUUCAAUUUCCUGGCCUACGCGGCGGGCGUCUACUUCCUGUUCCUCGCCCACAGAUCCGGAGCCACCCACUAAGUCCACCGCAACUCAAUGCUGGAUCUACUUAGGCGUAGAAUAAUUUCUAACUGUUUACAGAUUAAGUGCAGAUCGCGUACUUGUAAUUUCGCCUCUUUUUUUAUGUCGUUUUUGUUGUUAAUUUAUGCGAUUACAUAUGCAAAUGGGCACAGCACGUGCGGUCAGCUCAAUGGAAAGCGAAGCCUUUCUCGACUUGAUGUGUUUUUAAUGUUACUUUAAAUGCCUAACUAGCGUUUAAGCUAAAACCCACCAGCACACGAACACAUCUACGAAAACGAGUAGGGUGGGCGGCCCAAAGAAACUGAAUUCUUCUUAAAAAUAGGUAAAAAUCUUAUUAUAUUCAGUCUUGUAUGCAAUCAUUUUUAAUUUCUUUUUUUAAUCCUUAAUUGAUUAUUAUUUCGAUUUGCUAAUUGAGACUAAAAGAUUAAAGAAAUUAAAAGAAUCAAUUUUAUGUUGUUAUAAUCGAACAAAAAAAUUUUUUUUUUAAUAUUAGAAUCUUUGUGAAAAACGGCCCACCCUAAUCAAAACACACUGCACCAAAAACAAAAAACAUACAAGAGCGCAACAAAGAUUUAAGUUCAAUAAAUUAUUUGUAUUUUCUCAA